AUGCUCCUGAGGGAAUUCCUGAUCCUGCGCGUGGCCCCGCUUCACGCGCGUACGCACCCCUUAUGGAGGCUUGGGGGCGAAGAAGACAAGCUUCGCUUGAGCCCGGAAGCUUUGCCUGACGAAGAGCUGGCUGCGGCUCUCCGCCUCCUGGUCGGGGACGACCAGGAAUACCCGCCGAGUGCCUUCGUUCCCUUGUUCCGCUGCAAGGAUGGGGCACAGGUCGUGGCUGCCAGGCCAACCUUUGAUGGGCGCGGGCUGGUGCCGCCAGCGCCUCCUGCGGUCCCGGCUGCAACGGCGCCGGUGGAAGUGUCUUCUGACGACUCUCGCAAGGAGGAGGAAGAGGAGGAAGACGAGGAGCGCGACUCAGAGGCGACCCUCGAGGGGAUGGGGGAGAUCUCCCCCUUGUGCAAGGCUGACCUCGUCCACACCAUGCCUGACGACGACGAGGCCGAUGUCCUCCAGAGGGGGGAGCCGCCCGUGAUCCCGACGAGGGGAAGGCCGACGCCUGCGGCGAAGAAGAGGAAGGACGAGGCGGUGGUGCUGCUCGGGACCAACCUGCCUGCUCCGGCUGCGUCUCCCUCCAUGGAGAAGGGCAGCGUUGCUGCUCAUGUCUCUCCGGCUCGGUCGUCCUCACGAGGCCUGGGGGAGAAUCCUUGGGAGGAGUCAGCCCCCGUGGCCCCGCUGGCUCCGGAGGCACCGGUGUCCGGCUCGGCUGCUGAGCCAGGCCACGACGACCUCCGAGAAGGAGAAGCAGGCCGCCGCCCAAGUAGCGCUGCUCGCGAGGCGGCGCUGAAGGACGUCGAGCCUGCCCAGGAUCGCUGUCGGGCGCUGGAGGCCGAACUGAAGACCCUGCGCAACGAGCGCGCAGAAGAAGCCCGUAGCCGCAAGGCGGAGGAGGAGAAGAUGAAGGCCCGGGAAGAUGCCAUCAAGGGUCGCGACGCCGAGCUGGAGCAGUCGGCGAAGGUGCAGGACGCUGAGCGCGGCCGGCAGGAGGAGCUGGAGCAGAAGGUGAAGGCGGAGAAAGCCGAACUUGACGCCAAGGCGAAGGUUUUGGCCGAGGACUGCGCGGCCUCUGCGCUCCUCGAGGAGAGGUCUCGCGUGGCACUGAAGGCACUCUAUGAGAAGGGCUUGGAGAAGCCGUUGACCACCGACGAGAACGAGGAAGAGGCUCGCGUCCUUUCUUCGGCUGCGCUGACGCACGUCUUCAACCACCUCCAUCUUCGUGAUCCUGCCGCCCGCCUUGACGAGCUGCUGGAGCCUGUGGACGACGAGCACUGUGCAGCCGCUACAGCAGCCGUGAAGGGUCGGGUGGAGGCCCUGCUGAAUAAGUUUCGCGCCUUCGCUCCCGCGCCUUCAACUGGUGGUGCUACUAACCCUGCAGCCCCGGCCGGUGGUAGAGGUGAAGGCGACGCCACCAAGGAAGGAGCGCCUCUUGCGGGCGUCGGCAGUAUCCAGGGAUGA